CAUUUGCGACGGCAUACCGGUGAGAAGCCUUUUGGUUGUGAUUCUUGCGGACGAUAUUUCUCGCGCUCCGAUCAUUUACGAACGCAUCGACGGACGCACACAGACGAAAAGCCUUACCAGUGCACAAUCUGUUCGUACGCAGCAAGGCGUCGCGAUGUGCUCACAAGACAUAUGAGCACACGUCAUCAAGCCAAAGCCGGUCUUUCAAUUUUCCAGAAACAUCGUGACAUACGAAGAUGCCUAAGUGAUGGUGAUCAUGCGUUAACGUCUUCGAGUACGUGUGGAGCUGAACCCAGUACACCGAAACGGAUUCGUCACACUACAGACAUAUCACCUGUUCGAGAGCACCCCGAACACCGAGACCGAACUCUGACA